AUGGAGGAGUCCUCCAUAACUGCCAUCAAAGCCGAUUUCAUCCGAUCCCAAGUGCGGCAUCUCUCUGCACCGCUUGAACCUUUCCCGUACCAUCAACCUCUCUCCCUCGACGAGUCGGACAAUAGCCGUCUGAGCGAAAAAGCCACCCGAGACAUUGUACACAAGGUCAACGAGCGGAUCCGGCAACACAACCGCCGUGUAUACUCGGCGCAGUCGCAGCGACACGUCUCCGAGCAGAUUGAAUCUCUACACUGGAACCAGGUGGGCAACGACGAAGAGAGUGCAGAGCUCGACACAGUUGCCAUAAGACGCGAUGCGCUAUUGACACAGUCCGGAACGGUGGCAUCCUUGCCUGAAAACUACAUCGAUCUUCAUCUCCACCCUGAUCAUCGGCUAGACGAUGAGCAGGCGAAGCAAUACCAGAACUCGCGGCAGAGGUUGCUCACUUUGACCCAACAGCGAGACGAAAUGAGACAAAAGGUGCAACAGUACAGGCACCUGGUGACCAUGCUCGAACCGUUGAACGACCCCCAGGCAAACAUUCAGCCCAAUUUGGUGACCAGAGAUGGACAGUUGAGCAUCGAGUUGGAUCGCAUGCGCGUCCUUCUGGCCAGGGUUACCUCUCGAGUGGCAGAACUAGCCGACGCCCCUCGAAAGCCCGGUGCGCACGAAACAACGGUCAGAUCAAUACCAAGCCAGCAGAAAAUCGCCAACUUGAUGCAGCCGACUUGAAAAUGGGUCUGUUGUCAUCAAAUAUCACAUGAAUCCUGGUUCACAACGGCAGCCGCCAAGGACACGUUCUCAAAUGUUUGGAUAUUGAUACAUUCCACUAUCUCAACGCAAACGCCAGUCACCCUCAAUCACUCGUCAUCGGCCUCCUCGACAGUAGGUGCGAUAUGUCGUCUAGCGGCCACAGACUUGACCACCUCAGUCUCAGAUCCGGUCGUAGUGACCUCGGCUUGUGCUGGUCGAGAAGUGGGCUCGGCACUUGUGGCCGGG